UAGUUGAAUAAAAAAAAGGAAAAAAAUUAUAAUAUUCACCCAUUACUAGUUGCUCCACUUUAAGUUUUGAGUUGCUUUAUAUUUCUUUAAAUCCAAAUAAAAUCUCCUAUGAAAUAGUCAAAAUCUAUUAUAAAGCUGCCUUGAUUUUGGCACUAAUGCUUUGUUUCCCAAGUUAUAAACUUCCCUUUUAUUCUUCCAUUUCAGCUCUGGGGUCGGUGUUUUUGCCCAUUUUUUCAUUGAUCAAUGAGCUUACCAGGGUUCUUCAUCAUCUGUAUGCUCCAUUCAAUGGUUGCCAUCACUUGUGGAGCUUUAAUGGUGUUUUACACCAAGGAAGUCUCGGUUUUCGGCCGCGGUCACGAGAUUGCGAGUAAACUACAAGGUUCAACACCCCAUGAUCAACUCUUGAUCCAAACAUCUCAAUCGUUUUCUGGGUUGCUUUUGUUCACCAUUGGUCUUGUGUUGUUCAUGGUGGCAUUUGUUGAAGACAGAGAGUUCCAAAGCUUCUUUGCAAAAGGUUGUGUGCUUCUUCAUGUUUCAAUGGCUGUUUGGAGGGUUUGUUUUGAAGGAAAGCUUGAAGAUCUUGCCCAUCAAUGGCUUAGGCAAGCUCUUGGGGAUAUCAUGUUGUCUCUUUCUUGGGUUUUGCUUCUUGCCUGUUCAUGGAGGGAGAAGUAUGAUUAAAGGGUUGAGAAAUGAAAGACAAGUUGGGUUAUUUUGUCAAAAUGCUGUUUUGUUCAGGUCAGGCGGUGAAAUAUGAGAAAAAGUGAAUCUAGAACAUGCUUGAGUUUAAAGAAUAAUGAAAGGGCAAUGUCAUAUGAGGCUGGCAUGUUUGCUUGGGGUGGAGGGGAAUGGUUUUAAUGUAAUGUAAUAAAAUUCCAUGUAAUUUUUGUCCCAAUAAACCAAUAAAAUUUUGUAAGGAA